UCAUGUACGCAUGCGCAAAAGCAGGUGCCUGCUACUCCACGUUACAGCCAAAUCGGGUGAUUAUGGCAUUUUUUUCUCACUUUAAUAACUUUGAACCGACUGUGUCCGGAAGAGCUUGGGUCUGAGAACAGUCUUUUUGUAUCGUAAACACGACUACAUUAAAUUAGCGACCUUAGCUUAAGUUAUGAGGCAUCAUAGCAGACUGAAUCGGGUUGAAAGGCUUUCGAUCCAGUUUAUCGGCAAGAAGAAAACGGUAAAGCUGGUCUGCUUCUUUCCACGAUAUACGUCGACUCAACAACGUUAAGACUCACUGCUGACACCACCUGAAUAAAUGCACCACUUUCGGAGCCUCGAUUUAUCCACACUGGAGAGAGUCAUCAGUAGAGUGUCUACACGUUUGAAGAGCACAAUAGGAAGACCCUCAGCUCCACUGGGGUCAAGAAUUUUGAACAACCCUGAUGACAUCUUUAAGCACAAUAUGUGGGAUCAUGUGGAGUGGACAGAGGCGGACAAACAUAAUGCACAACUAAAAGCUGCUGAAAACUCCAAGGUGCACAUGCCAUUAGGGGAACAAGGCAAAUUCGAUACAGAAGCUCACCACUACUGGGAUAAGUUUUACGAGCUCCACGAGGGUAAAUUCUUCAAAGAUCGCAAGUGGCUGCUUUUGGAAUUCCCAGAACUUCUUCCAUCUGAUUCCAAAAGCCAAGAGAGGGGCUUUGAAGGAGAGAUGGAGUCUGAACACCAGCAAUGCCACAGCCGUACACACUUUGACUGUACUUCAGAUCAUCAAAAAAAUGAAGAAGCCAUGGGACUUACUUACCCUGGACAACACGCCUCUUUCAGGAUAUUGGAGGUUGGAUGUGGGGUUGGGAACAGCGUAUUCCCAAUUCUUAAUCAUGUCAAGGAAAACAGUGCAUUUUUAUACUGUUGUGAUUUCUCCCCAUGUGCUAUUCAGCUGUUGAAGAGUCAUCCCGACUACGACCACUCUGUGUGCCACGCUUUUGUGCAUGAUAUUUGUAAGGAUGAAGGUUCUCUUCCCUUUCCUCCACAGAGUCUGGAUGUUAUUCUUGCGGUUUUUGUGCUCUCCUCCAUUCACCCAGACAGGAUGCAAGGAGUCGUUAACAGGUUAUCCUCCUACCUGAAAUUUGGAGGGAUUUUCCUUUUUCGGGAUUAUGGACGAUAUGAUUUGUCACAACUCAGGUUUAAGAAGGGUCGGUGCUUGUCAGACAAUUUCUACGCGCGAGGAGAUGGUACUUGUGUUUAUUUUUUUACAAAAGAUGAAGUUAAUGCUUUAUUUACCAACGCUGGAUUGGAGGAAGUUCAGAAUCUGGAGGAUCGACGAAUUCAAGUUAACAGAGGGAAAAAAGUUUCAAUGCACCGGGUGUGGAUGCAGAGCAAAUACAGGAAAUUACAUCCAAGUUCACCCUGUUAACACCCUAUCAUGCACAUUCUUUUAGUGACAUUUAGAGCGCUUCUUUACUUUUAUACUUUGGACUUGAGCAACUGGGAUGUCAUUUUCAGUCGCCGUCAAGUGUCAAAAUGGCCACCCGUGGGAGAUGGAUUAAAAACAGGUAUUUUA